AUGGACUCGCCAGCGACGACCCGCUCGAGGAAGCGCACGGCGUCGCCACCUCUCUCGCCCGCUUCCGCUUCACUCGUCGACGAUGACACGGCGCAACCACUGGCGAAGAAGCGUGCACCGAGGAGCACGGCGGCAGAGAAGCACGCGAGGAAACAGGCGAGGAUGGAGCGCAAUAGGAUUGCCGCUCAGGUCUCCCGAGACCGCAAGAAGCAGCACACCGACUUCCUCGAGGCACGAGUCGCCGAACUCGAGGCGCAGCUUGCGUCCCAAUCUCCCUCGACUUCCCUCACACCCACUCCCUCCAGCGUCAACCUCCCUCUCGCGGCCCUGCCCGCCCUUCCAUCCGCGACAGACUCCCUCGUCGCCCAGCUUCGCGAAGAGAACGAGUCGCUCAAGACCCAGCUAGCCCUCGAGCAGCUCCAGUCGCAGUCGCUCCAGAUCCGCCUCUCGUCCCUCGAGACCAAGUUUGGCCGACUUGAGCGCCUUCUGAGCCAAGCAGCGACCACGCGAGGUCGACCUUUCCCUGCAGCGGAAGCUGUCCCACCCGUCGUCUCGUCUGGCGUCUCGUCUCUCGGCCUCGACUUCACCGGCUUCGACCAGCUCGCGUUCCCCCUCGACUCGUCCCUCCCGGCGCCCGACGCUGUCGGAGAUUCUCUCGUCGAUCCAGGUCCCGCCGUCGAUGCCAAUUCCCUCUUCGACAACAACGACCUCGUCGCGGCUUGGACAGACUGGUCGCAGACUCUCAGCGGUUUCGACGAGGGGACGCUUCCUGCCAUUGACAACGAACCGGCGUCGGAUUUCGACCUCUUCGACUUCUUGCGACAAGACGCUGCUGCGGGCACGGCGGCUGAGGUUGCGUGUUAG